AUGAGGUUGUUGGUGUUGACAUUUCUGCUCACUGUUGCCUUUGGUGAUAUGUAUGAGACGUGUAUUUCAUUUGAGGCUGAUGAUAGGCCAAGAGGAAUCUACAUUGAGAACCCCCACGAAAACGACACCUCGAUCCUUGUGUACAAUAGGGAAGACAUUGGGAAGACCAAUAUUCCAGAUUGGGUUUACACUGCCGGGCCGUUGCUUGAAUCAGAGGAGAGCUUUGGACUCUGUAGUGAGCUCAAUGUGACUGAAGGUGUGUGUGAUGGUCCAGCCGGUACUUUCAACGUGAAAGUCACAGGUGACGGAACACCACAUGACUGGUUGAACGUUGUUCUGCGUCAAGGUGAAGGUGUCAAGUACGAUAUCAACGAAGAGGGAAACUACUGUGUUGUUGCUUAUAGAAAUUCGGAUAUGUUUUACGAUGAGAUAGUUGUUAAAGAAGUUCAUGGCCAUGGGUUCCUCUCUAGAAGAGAUUACAGAGUGUUCCAAGUUUACCAAUUACAGUUGGUGCUGCUGAUUGCCACUGCUGUUGCGAUGUAUCUCACUUUCCAAAAGAACAAGAAGAGCUACCUUGGUGAUAUAUUCCAAGAUUUUGUCACCUUGAUGGUACUGCAAUUCGCUGAGGUUAUUGUGUUCAAUGUCAAGUUUAUGAUAAUGAAUACCAAUGUGAACUUCUCCAAUUCGAACAAGACUUUUGACAUCGAUCAUUGGUUACCAAAGAUUUUUGAAAAGCUUGAUUUACUGGUCUUGUACAAGCUCUCACGAGGUGUUUAUGGAUACGGCAAAUUAAGCAGACAGCAACUCUCGAUUCAGCCUAUCUUCGUCUUAUGUAUGGUUUCCUUUGCUGUUUCCGAAACGGCAUUUGCCUUCCAUGGGCUCGUGUACACCAAGCUAUCUAAAGUUUUUGCAAAUAUUAUGAUGAGCCUUUUGGGUGUUAUGAGAUACAGUCUAUGGGUUCCAACAUUAUUUCUCAUAUUUGAAAAUUCAGAUAUCACUUUCAAGGGAAUAUUCAACCCUGUCCACGCCAACAAGUACUUUUUAACUAGAAGGGUGUUGUUUCUCGUUCCUUUGGCUCUAGAGUUCAUAUCACGCCUGGGUUCCAACGUCGUCGGUAACAUCAUGAGGGGCGACGAACAUUUCCAACGGGGUGAUUUCAGAGCACACCAAUUUGCGUGGGAUGAUAUUAGGUCAACUUUCCUAGUCACAAUGUUGGAUCAUAUGGAGGACUUCGCCCAAGUGGCUGUUCAAUGGCUGCUUCUGUACAUUUGGGUUUGGAAGCCAACAAAGAUCGACCUUGCUGAACAAGAAGCGUCUACAGCUGUGGAGUUGGAUGACAUGAUGAUUGGUGCCGGAAACUCCAAGCUUGCAUGA